AUGCCCGACUUGAACUCGGUGCCCGCCUCACCUCACCCCCAGCUGUCUUCCUCACGCCGCCCGUCGAACAGCGUGCAGAUGGCCUCGGCCUCCUCCGCUGGCGUUGCCGCCGUCGGACAAUCCGGCAGCUCCUCCUCGCCUGGGAACAUCACGCCAUCCUCGUCCCUCAACAUUCUCCCCUCCAAUCAGACAGCCGUGAACAACCAGCAGCAGCAUGGAAGCGCAGCCGUCUCCUCUCUCCCCUCUCCUCACCUCCCCUCUGCACAGCCCGCCCAGCCGUCCGAGCUUGCGAGCGGUCCUGGGCCCCUCCGACAUCCUCGCCCCAUGACCACUUCUGAGCUGCACACGGAGCUCGAGAAAGAGCAAGAAGCUCUGGUCAACCGCCUCACCCGCGAGCUGUCCCUCCUACGAGCCACUCACAACGCUUCGGUAGCCUCGAACGCGUCCUCGGUCUCUGCGACCAACAGCCACGACCCCAUCACCGAGACAUCGCUGCUUUCCGGCUCAGGUUUCUCCAUACCCACGACUAGACGCCAUCAUCGCACCUCGUCGACUGCUAGCCAGAGCCACCAGCUGGUCUCCUCUUUUGAUGGCCGUGGCACGCACUUUCCCCGACCCCCGGCCCCGGUACCACUCUCGCGACAGGAUAGCAGCACGUCACGAUCCAGCCAGGCUGCUCCGGGCGGCGGUGUACACCUAACCGGCCCCGGCCUGGAUCCCUCGAGCUACUUUCACCAACAGCGCGUGCCGCACCACGCUUCUUCGAACUCGGUGGCGGCUACGCCGGGCAGCAGCUUCGGCGGCGACCACACGAGCCCCGCCUUCAUGCCCGCAACCUCACGCUACGAGGAGACUGCUUUUUACCGAGGGGAACUCGAGACGGCCAAGAAGGAGAACGAUAUGCUCAAGAAGCGCGUACGCGAGCUGGAGAAGCUUGUCCGCGAGCGCCGGGAAAGCAGCACCAGCCGACAUGUGCGCAGCGAGAGCGUUAGUACCACAGCUAGCACAAAUGUCGUGCCGACGGGCGGUGCCAGCAUCGCCGGACCCCGUGACAAGGGACGCUCGAGCGCCAGACAGAGCGUCAUGAGCGUGGCCGUGGGUGUUCCCGACGACGAGGUCAAGGUCGGCGAGAGCGCGGCCAGCUAUGCCUCUCGCGCUGAGGGCGAGUAA